AUGAUUGCUCGCUUCAUUAUCACAGCCAGCGCUGUAGUCACCGGCGGGUCGGCGAUCUAUCUCUACAUGCUCCACAGGAAAUUGGCAUCGCGGAUUGAACAUCGAUCACAUCGCGGAAAGCUCUCAUCGAAGUCUAUGAGACCCACUGUGAUCGACUCUGUGGCCGAAGAUAUCUUCACGGAACAGAAUGUUGCCCUGCAUGAUCAUUCGUCAAAGCAGGUCUCGCGCACCGCGCUGCCAAAAAGCAUUUCACCCGGUCAACUGCUCACAAAGCUGGCCCGUCGGAACAUGAUAGCAUUCAGUCACCUUCCCCAGGCGUGGGUUAUGCGUCUCUUGAGCAUGGCGCCUGAGGAACAGCAGAGCUUCAAAUCAGCGCACAUCAACUCCCUUAACUUUGAUAAAGGCGACCUUGUUUGCGGAAUGUAUCGGGUCAUUGAGCGCAGCGGAAACAAGGUGGAGUUUGACAUCCAGACGAGAAACAUUGACUACGUGCAUGGUCGACUUGCUUUGGGGUACAAAGAGACAACCAGUGGUAUAGUCUUCUCAAGUGAAACCUUCAUGUGGAGACGGUCGGACGAGAUUCGACUCAUGCCGUUGGAGAAGCCUUUGUUACAUUGGAUGCAUGAAACGGCCGCGUGGUGGCUGCUUGAUUCUGGUACAAAAUACUUGAUGGAACUCGAUAGUUGA